AUGAGCGAUUACGAACCCGUAGCGGGGCCUUCUUCGGCAUCUGACGCUUUACUCGAGGAACCAUCACACAUCGACGAAGACUUCUCUGACUACGGCGACUAUGUGAAGCGUCGACUAUACGUGUCUGAGAUUAUGUUCAUGUGGAAUCUGUCGGAUAUUGUGCGUGAACUUGGAACGAACGAGCAAUGUGUUCGAUAUAGUGAGGAUGAAGGGCUGGUCCUAAAGGAACGAAAGUGCGGCAAACAUAAAACUAAUAUGAAAAUUUCAUACUCAAGUGGCUGCAAAUCGCUUGGUACUUUCAUAUGUGCUAAAGCAUCCUGUAAGGGGAAAGCUGGAGGCAGUGGAGUUAAAAUCUCACGACGACAAGGGACUUUUUUUGAAAAUGUAACUCUUGAUAUGCCCCACAUAUAUUACCUCAUAUAUGCAUAUUCACAAGGAUGGUCUUAUAAUCAAACAAUCCAUGAAGACCCAUAUAAACGACAGAGACAACAAUGUUUAAGCCCAAAUACAAUAUGUGAUUGGUACAAUUACUGCAGAGAGGUAGUUGUUAUUUACUACCUCGAGAAACAGAAUCAGUUUACUGGAAAGAUUGGUGGCCCUGGUAAAAUUGUACAAAUUGAUAAGAGCAAAUUUGGAAAACGAAAAUACAAUAAAGGACGUCACAUCGAAGGCCACUGGGUGCUCGGUAUGAUAGAAGAUGGGUCUGAGGAUCUCAGAUUAGAGGUGUACCCGGACAAUAUUAGGUCUGCUGAGCAAUAA